AUGGCAAGUGUUGUGCUAGGGUACGGAAGCGCGUUCCCAUCUGCCGUCAUGCUCGGGCGCAUUGCCUCGAACAGCGGCGGGAAACCGACAGCAGCCUUCAGCCCUCACCGGAUCGCAGCAGCCAGCCGAAAGGAGAUGCUGCAGACUACUGCCCAGCGGUCAGAGGCUCGUGCCGUGUCGUUCGUGACUUGUCGCUGCACUGCACUGCAAGCGAAAGCGACACAGGGCGGCCCGUUAGAUGAAAAAGAUGAGGCCGAGGUGCUGCCAGGUGCUGUGCCACGCUGUUUUGUGAUGCCAUGCCGUGCUCCUUGCUUGCAUUGGCAGCAGUGGCAGCAACAACAGCAGGUGGGCAGCGAGCGCAGCAACCAUGCAGCCCUUUUCUCUCUCUCUCCCUCUCUCUUUCUCUUUUUCGUUCUCCCACCUUGCGGCAGGGUUUGCAGCUUGGAUGGCGAGUGGAGCUGUUUCUUUGCAGAGAGAGGGGGGGGGGCCAUUUGCAGCUGGCUGGCCAAAAACGCAAGCGGUGGAAACAAGCGCGGUGCAACCAAGUGGCAAAAACGGGCUGGUAGCCAUGAGUGGUCAGCGCGGAAAAAGUGGCCGCGUAUGAAGGUAUGA